AGGGGUGACUCCCAUUUAUCCCACUAUCUGAAUCCCUUGUCACCUAUGAGCUCACGUGGGGGGGGGGUGUCAGAUAAUACAGGGGCCUGAAUAACAGAGACGAGGACACACACACACAGGCCAAACUUGAGAGGUGGAGGACAAGCCCUUGGUGUGUGGCUGCUGAACGGCGCUUUCCCUCCGAGUUGUCAGAAUAAAAUCCACGUUGCCCAUGCUGUGUGGAUAAUUGGCAGUAUACUGUGUGAAUGAACAUUUUGGGGAGGGGGAUUGCUUGAAUCCUAAUCCAGCUGGUUGAGACCCUUGAUAUUUUUAUUUCCCCAGAUAGCUGCUGCGGACAGUUGUGUUCAUCACUUUAUGUAUACCUAGUGGCUUUCAUUCUGCUGGAUACCAAAGCACUUUAGCAUAAUGCAGACUCCUUUGAGGUGGAGCUUGUUAAACAACUGACCACAGAAUAGGAGUAAAGUUGGCAGUUACUUAAGGAAUCAAAGAUGGCAUCCUACUUAGCACAAGAAGUUCAGCUUGCUAGAAGACAUGACAAGAUACUGUCUCAGAGAUUGGUAUUGCUACAGCAGAUGGAGAAUCAUCUAGGAGACAAAAAGACUGAAAAGACAUCGCAAACACAAGCAGCUGAUGCAGCUUAUAAAAGAAAUGCAGCACUUUUAAAUGAUAUAGAAGCAGCAGAGAAGAGGCUGCAAGCAAGAGUACAUCUACAGCCACAUCCUGAUAUUGUUAAGCUUGAAACUCUCUAUUGGGCAUCAGUAGAAGAAUCUAUUCCUAAGUGGGAGCAGUUUCUUUUAGGAAGAGCACAAAUGCCUGUUGGUUUUAAGAAAAAGAAAUCUACAAAGUAUAACAUAAGUCACCCAGAAGGAGCUGCACAAAGAUAAAGAGAAAACAAAACAGAGACUACCAUUUGACUUCAAUGGGCAAAAUAAUCCUAUCCAGACAACAGUGUGUCAGGCCACUAAAUUUCAAUUUCAGUGUAUGUAUAUGAAAAUUAAUCAUGUUUGAUGGGUUUUUUCCAGUUGUAUCUGUGUGGAAGAGUUCAGCUAAACUGUAGUCUGCCAGCUCAAGGAGGCUCAGAAUAACAUUUCUCCUGGUGGGAGGAACAAUCCUUUUUUGAAAAUGACUUUAUAAGAUCAGAAAUUAAAGACACUGGUAUAUGGAAGCCCACCAGUACAAUUGCCUCUUUAAGAUGACAAGAGUUUUAGGUUACAUAUAAUCCUUCACUUUUGUAUUUUUAAGAAUGUUGUGUAUAAAUCUACCUUUUAUUUUCUUGAACCUCCUUGGCCACAGGGGGCAUUUACUCUGGAAAGGGCAGGCAAUUUACACCAGGCUGUGGGGGAAGCUUUAGUUUAUGGCUGGGAUCCUCUAUAUGAGCGCAGUGGUAAAGGGCACAUAUUUAGUUUGUAUGUCCCCUGUUUUCUCUGAUUAUGUCAGUGACACUGAUUUUUUUGGAGGGGCGGGGAAAGGGCUGUGUUGGUCUCACCCAUAAGCAAUUGCAAUUUCUGUUCCAUUAACCACUGCUGCACCCUCAUUCCCUGGCUAACUUCCCAUAUUAGGUUCUGUGCCUGGUUUGCGAAAGCAGAUGCCAAUGUGAAUUUGGGUUGAAUCCAGCCAUGAAGUUCAUUUUACAGACAUUGAAGUAACAAACAUCAGUAUUAUAUUUUGGCCAUGUUUCCUAUGUAGUUUUAAGCCAUUGCUUUGUGUCGCUUUCAUUUUGUUAAUGUAAUCCAGAGACAUAAUUUAUGGAUAAGGCCAAGGGAGGUGGGGAAGAACCAGACAGAAAGCCAGCCCAGCUGAGCACCCAAAGAUCACAGAUACUGGAAUAAGAAGGUGAAGAGCUUGCUUUCUAUCUCAGAUCAAGGACAGUUACUCAGCCUCUGGCUACAAGCAUGGAAGGCCAGCUAGUGGUUUUUUGCUUGCACAUUGUUAAUUAUUUGUAUUCUCUAAGUGCCUAGGAGCCUUUGUCAUGGACCAGGACCCCACUGUGCUAGGUGCUGUACAAACAACAAAAAGACAGUCCCUGCCCCAGAUAGCUUACAGUCUGAGGCCAACCCCUUGGUAAAUUAGUGUGCCUGGGAGCCACCGUCCAUUGCUUUCUAGUGUUUGCAUAUAUUGAAGACCCAAUUUAGAGAGAAAUCCUUUCAAGUAAAUGACUUAGAGGUCUUUGUGCUUUUUCACUCUUCCAUAGCAAGGAAGGAUGGUGGACUUUGGGGUUGGGGGGAGCGGGUUCCUCCAGAUUUGGGACUCGAGUCAAGAAGAUCAAUAGAAACCAAUUUCAAUAAAGGGUGGUUACUACUUCCAUAGUGCAAGAAGAAUUCAUGUACGUGGUUAUAUGAAAUUGAGCUAUGCAAACCACUCCAGUCAGCUAUAGGCUAACCGAAUUAAUUACCAGGAACUAUUAGGAAUGAUGAGGCCUCACCCCCUUAUUUGCUGUUAGGGGGUUUGUCCGGUGUCUGUGUCUGGCGGUAACCUUGUCCCUAUAUCUGAUUUUUGUGUUAUGGAUGGAUGAUCUAACAGCACCUUUCUUAUACUCCCUGACCAACCUCUACACAAGUAUCACAGCUCUUUACACUGCUCCAUAAGGAAGGUUCAACUUCCGAAUUGUGCACCUAGAGCAUUAUGUGAAUUUAAUUAAUCAAAUAGGAUUUAAUUAUCCAGUGCUGACUGGCUAUUAGUGAGGAAUUCAUUGCCCCUCAGAAUAGGGAGCAGCCUCUCCAGCUGGAGACCACAGGAAGUCUGAACAGUUUGCAAGGGCCAACACCUGCAGAAGCUAUUUUCUGCUAGAUCAGGCCCUUAGUUUGCUGAAGUUAAAUCACUCAAAGAUGCACCAAACCCCCCCCCCCCCCAGCUUCACUUUAAAAUGAUUUUACAUGUUCAAAGUUUAUAUGAAACUUUUUCUAUUUAAGUGUCCAUUAAACUGAUAAGUUUUUACAGAAACUGCCAUGUUAGAAAUAUCCUGUUGAGUGGGUGUUGGUGUUUGUAACAAUAACGUUGUUUUCAUAAUAUGUGAUGGCAGAUUAGCACGCUUCUCUGCAGUGUUGUUAACAGUUGUAAUUAAGGAAUAAACAGUAAAGGGUGUCAGUCCGA